GACGAAACGGGAUGAAAAAUAUUGGAAUUGGGGAUGAAAAAAAAUACAAAAAUUGCCGGUCGCUUAAUGAAAAUUUUAAACGAUGUACUUUGCCCUUAACCUGGCCAUUUUUUGGAUUAUUAAUUUGGAUAUAUAAUUGUAGAACCUGAAGAGAAUUUAUCGAAAAGAAUAUUCUUCGUUCAAAUACUAGUCUUUUAAUAUGACGGGGAUCUUUAAAAGAUUAAAAUGUUGUGGACAACCCAUUGCGUUGAAGGUGCUCAAUGAGUUCCUGAAGUAUAACGUAAAGUUCACUAAAACGAAAACUACUAUUGAAUUUAUCAAUAGGUGCAUCGAGUCAGGUCAUUAUCCUAAAUUGUACUAUACAUCACUUAGACGAAACGGGGUCUACCCCAAUAGAAAAACACUGAAACGUCACUCCCUAAACCAGAUUGACGCCUUGCAUUCAGACAUAAACGAGAUACAGAUGAACGUUUUUCUCAGAAAGUAUGCAGUAGAUGACUUAACUGAUGAUUUGAAAAUACCUUUUAUGGACUAUGUUACAAACCUUAUGGAUCAGAGAUCACGGAAGAAACUCAUCCAACUACUGAAGGGUCUGGAAAACCAAACGGCCGAAAGCAAAUUCCCAACGAACUCUAAAAGAUAUGUACAUAAUUUCUCAAGUGUCGAACUAGAUAAAGAAAAACUAGAGGUAUUAUCCCUAGGUCUAAAAUUUUGUGAUACUCGUAAUAACUGUAACCGCAUCGAUACAGAUAUACAGUUCGAGAAUCUUUAUAGUCAGACACGUGAUCUAGUUGUGAAUUCUGAUCAGCAAUUAGAACAUUUUAAAUCAACUCUUGUAGACUGCUGUUACCAAUAUAAGAACAAUAAAUUUAGUUACAAAAGCAUUCUUACGAAGAAGCACAAAGAAGCUAUCAACCUACUUCUUAAGGAUGAGACGUUACUGGUUACGAAACCUGACAAAGGUUCAGGUGUUGUUCUUCUUAAUAAAAGUGAUUAUAUUGAAAAAAAAUGAGUACAAUCAUAAAUGACAAAUUAAAGUUUCAAAAAAUAACUGACCGGAAAGAUUUGAGUAAUAAGAUAGCGAAUGAGCUUACCAGAUCUUUGAAAAAACUCAGAGACCAAUAAGCUAUCUCAUCGGGUUUAUAUGAAAUGAUUAAACCAAUGGGAACCUAUCUGCCGAGAUUGUAUGGAUUGCCAAAGGUACACAAACCGGGGAUCCCAUUAAGACCUAUUCUAUAUAUGUAUAACUCUCCUUACCAUACUAUAGCUAAAUGGUUGGUAACUGUAUUGAAACCUCUACACGAAAAGCUUGUAAAAUAUAGUGUUAAGGAUGUGUUCCAAUUUGUUGAUAAAAUAAAAAAUGUAAAUACGUUGGGAUCAAAGAUGAUGUCAUUGGAUGUAACAUCGUUAUUCACAAACGUCCCACUCAUAGAGACUGUAGAAUAUAUAGGUGAACAGCUGAUUGAAAAUGAAAUUGAAACUACUGUUCCUAUCAAUGUCGUGAAAGAGUUAUUACUCAAAUGCACCAUGAAUGUGA